CUUUUCCUUCUCUCUCUCUCGCUUGCCACCCCUCCUCUUCCUCAAGAAGGGCAGGACUUUUUUUCGCCGGUCUCCGUGGGAACAAACAGCUCCCCCCACCCCCGCCGCCUUAUAGACUGGCCUUUUUCUGUUAGCCAACGCCUGUCUUGCCCCACCUCCCUGCCCUUCUUCCUCCCCACUCUCGCCCCGUCUGGCGGCGUCGAGCAUCUCCUCGGUCGUCUUUCCCCUCCGUUUCCUUCCCUUCCCUUCACAAGUGGGGCUCUAUCCGUGGUCCCCACUCCUCCCCCCCCCAGACACACACACACCCUACGCGCACCGUCGCCCUUUGCGCCCAGCCCAGCCGGACCCUCCCCAUGGCCGCAGGCAGCUACCGAUGCAACCGGACCCUGAGGCUCGAAGCAGGUCAGUCGGUGCUGCCGGGCUCCUUGCUCUUCGCGGCGGGGCUGCUGGGCAACGUGUUGGCGUUGGGGCUGCUGUGGCAGCACCAUCUGAAGGCGAAGUUGCAGCGCGGGCAAGGGCGGCCGCGGGCGUCCGCUUUCUACCUUCUGGUGAGCACCCUGGUCGCCACCGACCUGCUGGGCAAGUGUUCGCUGAGCCCGAUCGUGCUGGCCGCCUAUGCUCACAACCGCAGCCUCAUCGACCUGUGGCCGCCCGCCGCAAGCAGCGAAGUUCAAGUCAGCCAGCCCGGGGAGGACCCGACGCGCUCCCCCGGCACGCUGUGCCAGCUCUUCGCUUUCCUCAUGGCCUUCUUCGGCUUGGCGUCCACCGUGCUGCUGCUGGCCAUGGCCCUGGAGUGCUGGCUCUCGCUCGGCCAGCCUUACUUCUACGAACGCCACACCAGCAGGCGUUGGGGCGGGCGGCUCACCGGCGCGGCGGCCGUCCUCUGCGCUCUCUUCUGCGCCCUGCCGCUCCUGGGCUUCGGCAGCAACGUUCAGUACUGUCCGGGCACGUGGUGUUUCAUUCGCAUGGCCGGCGGCGGGCGGCUCUACUCGGUGCUCUACGCUAGCCUGCUGGGCUUGCUGGUGCUGGCCGUCGGCCUGUGCAAUCUGGGCAGCAUGAGGAGCCUCUACCGGAUGGCGCGUCGCCAGCCCCCGCGCAGGACCCACCUGACCGACCUGCGGGGCCCAACCGCGCCUUCCAAGCUCCCUUCCUCCGGGCGCACCGAGGAGCUGGGCCAGUUGGUCCUGCUGGCGCUCAUGACGGCCCUUUUCACCAUCUGCCCCCUGCCGCGGAUCAGUCUUUCCAUCUCUUACCUCUUACAGAUCCGAGCUUACAUUGGAGCUUUUGCCCCCGAUGCGAAUGAGGCAGCAGAUCUUACAGCCCUCCGUUUUUUCUCUGUCAAUUCCAUUGUGGAUCCCUGGGUCUUCAUCAUUUUUCGGACAUCCAUAUUUCGCAGUUUGCUCCAGCGGUUUUCUAGGAGGCUAAGUUUGAAGAAGGAUCUGCAUUCCCAAGAUCAGCUCCUGGGAACUUGGCAGAGGAAAGAAUCCAAUGACAUACCAUAAAUGGAUGGGAGCUGGAGAUGAUACAACUGGACUUCUUCUUGUGGCACAUCAUGGUCUUCAAAGCCAAAGUGUUGCAAGUCAAUGUUUAUUAAGGUUGAAAAGGGGGACCAAGAUAACUCUGUGGUACUGGCUGUAGCUUCAUUGGUAGACUUUUGUUCUGGUGCUUCUUCAAAAAGCCCAAGAUGCAGUUUUCAUAGAUAGGACUCAUUCAUAUUAUGGUAACAAUUUACUUGACUGGUGGGAUCCAUUUGCACAGAAGCAUUCAGAAAUGUAUUUAAGUCCAAAUAUUCUACCAGAGAUAUUGGGCACUUUUAAGUUCCAAUUACCUUUUCUACCAACAGAUUGGAUUUGCAUGCUGCAAAUCUGUGGUUUAAAUGAUUAGAAGUUGAGAAGGAGAAGAGGAAUGUUCUCUGUAUGUGUGAACCCUGUACCCCAAGCAUGGGAGCUGAUAUUAAUUGACUAACCAUGGAAACUCACAAAAGACAAGUACAGAAUAUGGAAUAGAAGCCUUCAGGGAUAUGGACUAGAAAAAGCUGCUAUGCACAUUCUUUCUCUUUCUCAUUGCUCUGUGGUGGAUUUGUGACAGAUGUAUUGUGUGUCCAUACUUAGAGCAAUUUGCACUUGUUCGUUGGCCCCUCUAAACAGAGAUAUUGUAAAGCUAGAGAAAGCCUUGAAAAGGAACAAUUCUAUUGGUGGGAUUCAGCCAGUUUGCACCACUUCGGGAGAACCGGUUGUUAACUUUCUGAGCACUUUGGCAAACUGGUUGUUGGAGGAAAUCAUUAGGGCAGAGAACCGGUUGUUAAAUUACUUGACUUCCACCACUGAAUAAUUCAAAUGAUCAAAGUGUCAUUGUAAUCUUAAAUAAAUGUUUAAAUUGAGGGUUCUUUAAAGCAAAUGGUUGAAAAGCAAACAUUUUGACUGCUAUAUUUCCGUUAAAUAAAGAUUAAAUAUCCAUUAUCUCAUUUUGGGGGGAAAAAUCCAAUUAUAGCUUACACUUUAAACCUAAGAGGAAGCAGAUUCAUUUUGUUGGUAGCUUAUACAAUUAAAUACAGUGCGAUUGACUGAAUUUUACAAUAGUUAUCUUUAGAGAAAUGUUCAAGAUUGAAAAUAUUUUAAUUAUUUUUUUAACUGUCCCCAAAAUUUAACAAUGCAGUAAAUUUGCAAGAUGCUUGUGUUUUUUUUAAAUUAAAACUAUUUGAAGAGGAAAUAUGAAUUGGUUUUGAAUGCAAGUGCAUAUAGUCAAAGCCAUAGUUUUCAUAAUUGUAAUAUAUAGCUGUGAGAAAUGGACCAUCAGAAAUACUGAACAAAGAAAAACUGAUGCCUUGGAAUUAUAAUAGUGGACAGAGUUUUUCAGAAUUUUUGAGAAUGCCUGGGAAUGGCAGAAGAACAGAUUGUUGAAGACUAAUUGAAGCAACACCAGAAUGCUAACUAGAAACACUAAUAAGAAAGCUCAGAUUUCAAUAUUUUGGACCUGUAAUGAAAAGGCAAGAAUAGCUAGAAAAGACUAGCUAAAGGACUGGCACAUGGAAAAAGCUAAAGCAGAAAAGAAGUAGUUAGAAGCUAUUAAUAAUGACACAGGUGGGAGUUUAUAAAGAAGUGGUUAUUGACAAUCUGGAAAAAUGAUGCCUAGAUUGUUCACCAAGAGUUAAAAGCAAUUGAAUGAACAACAGCAUCCAGGCCAUCAAAUGUUCUGAAGCUUAGUCAGAAGCCGAGCUGAUUCAACAGCAGAAAAAAUACACUGAAUAAUUUGGUACAUGCAUACUGUAUGUUCCUUUGAAUUUUGGGUGCCUUUCUGAUUGCCCCACCUUAGAGUGGGUAUAUUAGAGGUGGCAGGAGCUAAAGGAAGGGCAGCUGAAGUGUAAUAUCUUCGUCUAAAGAACAGUAACAAUGGCUGUGGCUUUCUAAUAAGUAACUUUCUCUUAUUAGAAAGUCACAGAGUUUUGGACUGCAAUUCUCUUAGCUUCUUAGACCUAGGAUUGCAGCUGCUUUUCUGAGCUCUAAAUGGGAUUCCAGGAAAAAUUCCAUUUGGCAUAUGGAUUGGCUUCUCUCCUCUCCAGGGUGCUCUGGAAUUCUUCUUUGCUUUCAAAUCCUAAGUAUUGCAAAGCCUAGUUUCCACUGUUUGUUUAAAAAUAAUAAUAAUAAUAAGGGAGCAACAUCGUUCUUCCUGGAAUUAGAGCUGAUAGGUCUCAAAUAGCAAUUCCCAGACAUUUGGCCAAUGGAGGUGAAGAAAUGCUGGCACAGUGGCCAACCUUUGCUAGAGGUUGCUGUCGAACAGUUCUUCUCAGUGCAAUUCCAAAAGUUCUGUUUCUGUAUACCAGCACUGGAAGGUUAAGAUGCUGGAAUAUUAAGAAUCACUGUGGAUCGUAUUCUUCUCCUUUGUCCCAUUCCUCAACAUAUGUCAGCAAACCUAGAUGGGAAGCAGCAAUACAGUGCCUGCAACGACCAAGUAUCUUUCCUCCUCCCCUCAAUUGCCAUCAACAGUGCACCCAAAGUUAAAAUUACAAUAAUAUAAAUGUACUGACUGUAUUGAAAUAGUGCAAAUCUGACAAAUCCGAAACUCCGCAUGAAAACCUAUAAGAAUUUGGCCCUGUUGCACCAACUCUUGUAAGAUCUCAAGAUGAAACCAUCAAAAUCUUGGCAUUAUCUGCUGAAUUCAUGAAAUGCGGGAUGGUGUGAACCUAAACACCUGACAUGUUUGCAGUUUCUUCAUUUUAUUAAUUCUCUUCCAUAGGUUGCCCACAAUAGGAAUGCUGUGUGAGUGGUGGGCACAAAAAAAAGAGAAAAAUGAAGAAAAAUAAUUUGCCUCUUUUCUUUCUGACUGCCACAAAUUGCACAGAUGAUCAUCAUGGAUCUCCUAUUGCUGUGCUUGGCCCAACCCCAUUUACCGGAACAAAAAUUGAAUUCCAGGUAGACAUAUAAAAGUUUGCACUGGACAAGGUCAAAGAGAUUGCAGAAUUAUUCCCUUUCAGCCUGCCAUAACUGUUACAUGGAUUUUGACUUGAUACGAACAGAAAAUCUAUGAUUUUUCACACAAUUCAUUACUGUGAUUUUUUUUUUAAAAAAAGGGAUUAAGACAUUUACAAAGCCUACAUUGAUAUCUCUGGAUUUCCUGGGCACAUCUGUCUGGACAUUGUUGACUGAGUGUUAUAUUAACUUUUAAUGGCUUAUUAUAUUUUUAUCCACUAUCAGUACUCUUAUCAUUGCUUGAUUGGCCCUGUGCAAUAAAACAGUUAUGGUCAGCCUUUGAUAUUUCUGCAGCUCAGAUAUUGUGGAUAUAUUCCCUGGGGAAAAAAGAGCAAGAAAUUGACAAUGUCUAGUUUUUAGUUAUUUUUACAGUACAUGUAAAAAUGUACUGAAUACAGGUAUAUUCCAGAAUUCUGCUAAAUGUUUAUUUCUAGGAAAUAGAUGCAUGCACUUUUAAUACUUACAGUCAUCUGAAAAGACAGAUCUGUAAUGGAUACUUUAUUACUUUGCAUCCACAAUUUAAUAAGAUGAGCCAAUAACUUAGCUUCUAUAUUCAUUAUAUAUAUUAAUAUAUAUAACAAUAUAUAUUAUUCGUUCAAUUGACUAUGGGGGGACAGAGUGAGGUUGAAAGCAAAACAAGGAUGAUUUCGCAGAAUGUAACGCCAACCAGAGAAUUUUGCAAGUUUAGAUAUUUAAUAUUUAGCCUCUUGUAACACAAAUACCUAAGAGCCAGGGGUGAAAUGUUCCCGGCUCGGGCGAGUAGGUAGCGAUGGCAUCGGGCAGUUCGGAGAUCCAGUAGCAAAAAUCCCUGCCCCCGCCCCCCAUGCCCAGCUGAGCAGUGCGAU